AUGUGUUUUAUUCCAGGAUGGUCCAUACUUGCUGCUGUAAUUGAUCUACUAAACAUGGGAAAACUUGCUUCCUUUGUUUUCAUUUUCUUCCUUCACUACUUUAUGGCCUUCUUGGCAUGGAGCGAGGGGAAUUCCACUGUCGACAAAUAUGCACUGCUUGCUUUUAAAGCAUCUAUUGUGGAUCCAUACAAUCUCUUGGCCAACUGGUCUGACUCUUCUUCUUCUCCAUGUGAUUGGGUUGGUGUUGGAUGCAAUACACGCCACAGAAGGGUUCAUUCCUUAAAACUUAGUGAUGCGGGUCUUAAAGGCAUCAUAUCUCCAUGGCUAGGAAAUCUGUCAUUCCUUGUUGAACUUGAUCUAAGUAUCAAUGAUUUUUACGGUGAGAUACCAAAAGAGUGGGUACAAUUGCGUAGGUUGAAACUGCUCAACAUGAGCUACAAUAACUUUCACGGGCAAGUUCCAAUGUGGAUAGGAGAUUUAUCUAUGCUUGAGUACCUGAGUUUUCGAAAUAAUAGUCUCAUUGGAUUUAUUCCAUUAUCUCUAUUCAAUUUAUCAAGGUUGGAGAUCUUGGAUUGGAAUUCUAACUUCAUUCAGGGAAGCAUUCCACUUGAGAUAGGAAAUUUGAAGCACUUGAAGAUGUUACAAAUUGCAGGGAACAAACUUUCUGAAACUAUUCCACCAACAAUUUUCAACUUAUCUUCACUUCAAAAAUUGAAUUUGUCCCAUAACACUUUGUCAGAUCUGCAAGAAUUGUCACUCUCCCAAAAUCAAUUAUAUGGCAGUCUCCCAACCAACGUGUGUUUUGGGCUCCCGAGACUUGAAUUUUUCUCUGUGGCUGAAAACGAUCUCUCCGGUGAACUGCCAUCUAGUUGGCAUCAAUGCAAAGAACUGAAGGUUUUGGAAUUAGGUUUUAACAGGUUCAACAGAGGAUACAUACCAAGCGACAUUGGAAGUUUACCCAAUCUUCAAGUUUUGCAUCUCAUGAACAACAACUUGGAAGGAGAAAUUCCAUCAUCUCUCUUCAGCAAUUCUUCUUUAAGAAUAUUGCAUUUAAGACAAAACGGUUUAAAUGGGAGUAUACCAACUCUUGGGAACCAGACAAUGCUGCAAACUUUAAAUCUAUAUAACAACUCCUUUUCAGGCCUUGUACCCAAGGAGAUAGGCAAUCUUGAUAAGCUUGAAGAUAUGAUUUUAGCAUCUAAUAAUUUCAGUGGAUCCAUUCCUUCUCAUAUAUUCAACAUUUCGGUGUUGACAUAUGUCUCCUUUGCAAAUAAUUCCCUCUCUAGUUUUCUCCCAUCAAAUAUAGGAACUGGCCUUCCCAACCUAAAGAAAUUGAUUUUGAGACAAAAUCAAUUUGUUCGACAAAUUCCAACCAGCAUAUCAAAUGCUUCUAAGCUCACUAUUGUAGAUCUAUCAUGGAAUAAGUUUUGUGGAUAUAUACCCACUGCACUUGGGAAUCUAAAAAGCAUGAUCGCAUUAUAUUCUGAGGAAAAUGAUUUGAAUGGGAUGAUUCCAAGUACAAUUAACAGACUGCAAAGCCUUCAACAUUUAAGUCUUGGCAACAACAGAUUGCAAGGGUCCAUCAUAAAUGAAUUGUGCCAAAUCAGAAGUUUGAGUGAAUUGUAUCUAGCCAACAACAUGAUUUCAGGAACAAUUCCAAAGUGCUUCACAAAUACUUCUUUGCGGAGAUUAGAUUUAAGCUCUAACUAUUUGAUUUUUCAUAUACCUUCUUCUCUUUGGAGUCAUGAAGAUAUUUUAUUCUUGGACUUAUCCUCUGAUGCAUUGAGUGGAAGAAUUUCUCCCAAGGUAUCAAACUUGAAAGCAAUUAUACUUUUCAAUCUAUCAAGAAAUCAAAUUUCAGGAAACAUCCCAACAGCUAUGGGCAAUUUGAAAACAUUGCAAAAUCUAUCUUUGGCUCAUAACAAACUCCAAGGGUCUAUUCUUGAAUCAUUUAGUGGCAUGAUAAAUAUGGAAUCCUUGGAUCUCUCCCAAAAUUAUUUGUCUGGGGUGAUUCAAAAGUCUUUAGAGUUACUUGUCCAAAUGGAAUACAUUAAUCUUUCAUGCAAUUUAUUGCAUGGAGAAAUUCCAAAUGGUGGGCCUUUUCCUAAUUUUACAUAUGAAUCUUUUAUGAUGAAUGAAGAUCUUUGUGGGAAGCUCCAGCUAAACAUCCAUCCAUGCAAAAAAGGAGACAAGCACAUCUCAACUAAAAUAAUGCUUGUGAUCAAAUGCUUAUUGCCUUUAGCUUUUGCAAUCAUUUUGGUUGCCUUAUGCCUAAUGUUUCUUAAGUUUAAGAAGGGUCAUGUUAGUCAUGAGAUGAAUAAUAGAGACUCCUUAAAUUUAGACAUAGUGGCUAAGAUAUUCUAUUAUGAUCUUUUGCAAGCAACAAAUAGGUUUGAUGAGAGUAAUUUUCUUGGCAAGGGAAGUUUUGGAUCAGUCUACAAAGGAAUUCUUUCAAAUGGAAAGAUAGUUGUUGCAAAAGUAUUCAACUCAAACUUGCAAGAAGCAUUAAGGAGUUUUGACAUUGAAUGUGCUGCCAUGUGCAAUUUAUGUCAUUGA